AUGCACUGGAUGGAUCCACGCAGAGCUCUCGAUCGAUCGCGAGACGCACCCAAUACCUCCAAGGAGACAAAUGAAUCAUUCAGACAGACCACGCAAGUUGAGCAACGUUUAACACUGCUGGCGGAACCUACUGAGAUGACGAGCUUGGCGUUACUGUUUGUUGUACCUCUUCUGUGCCCUUUUUCAGAUUCCGCAGAAACAAAUCUGGCACUAAACAAGCCUGCUUUUCAAAGUUCUGAGUAUGGGGACCCAGCUGUGACGGGCGCUGAAAACGCCGUGGACGGUAACACAAACGCCACCUCGUGUACAGCCACCGCCACAAAUGACACUAACACCUGGUGGUUUGUGGACCUGCGGGCAGCGUAUGAAGUCACCCAGGUGAUACUCUGGAAUAGAGCUAAUUAUCCGGAACGUCUGAGGAACCUUGUUGUGGAGGUAACAAGCUUCAACCCCGUAACGUACCCGGCCGCAUACAGAAAACUCUGCAGUAGAUUUCCAGGAAUUGCCGGAACCCAAGAGAACCUGACUUGUGACUCCCCUCUGAUUGGCCGAUUUGUAAGAAUCAGUAAGAUUCACGUGCACGGGACUAGCGAGUACCUAGCCCUCUGUGAAGUGGAUGUAAGAGGGAAUCCGUUACAAACAGUUGAUUCCAAACACUAA